UUUUUUUUUAAUUUUUUUUUUUUUUUGGAUUUUUUUAAAACAUACAACAGCUGGAAAUUAAGAAAGCUAAAAAAAAAAAAAAAAAAAAAAAAAUAAAAGCUAAAAAGAAAAAUAGAACCAACCCAACGCAACAAACGGUUUACCAAAACCGGAACAGACCACGAAACCCUAAAAUACCGCGAGAAGAGCAAAAGAGAUGACGGCCGCCACCGAAUUGAAUCCGCCGGAACCUUCCUCCGAAGAGGCGCCACGUCGACCGCGAUUCAUCGCCUAAAGCCGGAGCAUCGGAGCCGAACAAGCCGAGAGAUGAAGCACUUCCGUCAGUAAGGAAACCAGCAAAGCAUAGGGUGAUAGAUAUCACCGGACACAACAGAGAGACUCGUCUUUGGAGAGAACCUGAAAAGAAAACAGAGAGCACAAAAGGGAAAAGGAAACCACCGAAGCUGGAAGGUAUCGCCAGUACGGAGCAGCCGCUUGAAUUGGUCUAGACCGCACCCCGCAAACCACUCGCCUCCACCGCCUCCAGCUUUCCUCCUUCUCAGCAGAGCCUGCCGUCCUCAUAGCAGGCAAACAAACUGAUAGUUAGUCAACCGGAGUUCCAGAUCCAGAGAGACCAGCCCUUACGCGUCAAGCCACCCCGAAACGAAGCCCUAACCGCCACGCCUCUUCACCGGAGAGCACUCCACUGCCGUGGGAGAGGAUGAGAGAACCAGGGAGAGCUUGGGGUCCACGCGCUUAAUCCGACCCCUCAGAUCUACCACAUGAAGCUAGAGCCCCGGCCAAACCUCCCCACCACCGAGCAAACACACAACCGCCUUGAAAGCUCCACUCUCACAACGCUAGCUUAGAUUUCGAGAUCCGGAAAGGAGACACAGCGAAGGGUGGAGGAGAGGAGACACAGAGAGGGAGCCCUCUCACGGCAGUGACGGCCGAAGCCCACCACCGGAGAGGCGAACGUUUUCACUGAUACAUUAUGGGUGUCAAAUCUUUACAACAAAAGGGAAGGAACACGCGUGAAAGUUCAAAUCCUUGGAAGUUGAAUGAGUGAUGGUUUGCUUUGGAUUCUUCGUUUUUGGAUUUUCUUAGUAAAGCGGUGCGUGAAGACCAAGUAUUCUGGUUCAGUAGGAGGUGACAUGUGGUGACCGGAGAAUACGCAUAAACCAUGACAAGGAUGGUUUCUACACUUCUGGGAUGACAAUUUAAAAUGUUACUAAUUUUAAGUUUGUACUAAUUAAAAAUAGAUUAUGUUUAGGUAACACUUAAUUAAGAUUAGAUUUUAACCAGCACGGAUUUUUUAUUAUAUAAAAGUUUUAUAUGAAUUAAUGUUUUGUGGUUGUUAUACGUUAUUAUUUCAGGUUUUAUCUGUACAUAUUUAUUUAACUUUUUUAUACGCUUCGACAAUUUUUCGGAUCUGAAAAACUAAAAUUGAAACCAACCCGAAAAUAUAGGUGCAGUUCGGGUCUGAGUCCUGAUCAAAUUACCUAUUCAAUAUCUUUUUGGACCGGCAAAUCUCUGCUACAGUUUGGAUCUUAUCCGAGACUCGAUCGAGUACCAAAAGUACUUGGAAUGAUUUGUGUAUAUUAGGUAUGUUUGGAUAUUUCAUAUAUGUUUUUCGCGUUAUAGAUGCUUUUAAGUUUCUGGUUUGGGUUUUCGGUUAUAGUUUGGAAUUCUGGGUAAAAUUUUAAUUUAAAAAAAAUAUAUUUUGGGUGUUUUCGGUUCUAUGGAUUAGGUUUACGGGUAAAAUUUUGAAUCUUUUGAGUAUAUGAAUACUUUUCAAGCAUUUUUUUUUUGGAUUUCGGAUAUAUUGUGUUUCAAGUCUUUUUUGUGUGUUUGGGUACUUCGUGUUUUUUUUUUGGAUUCUAAUAUCCAAACCAAUCUCAACCUGUUAUGUAUUCAAAAAUUAAAUUUAUUUUACAGAUAUUUGAAAUUAUGAGUCCGAACCAAUCCGAAACCAAAAGGAAGCAAUCCUAACUUAAACUAUAAAUUUUAAAACAUUUAGUUAUGUCAAACGUUUAGGAUCCGAAGAACCCAAACCCACAUAUUCAAACAUGAACUCUAUGUUUCCAAACAUUUUUUCUCCUUUGAUAUAAUGUAGAAAUAUUAAAGGAUAUUGGUAUAACUAAACUAACAUAUAAAAAAUCUGAUAUAUUUUCAAUCAAAUUUUCAAAAGUCAAGAGUUUAAAUUAAAUGUUUUAAAAUCAAGAUAUCUUAUACAUUCGUGUGAUUGAAAUAAUGUGGGUUGCUAAAAAAUCCAUUACAAUAAAGAGAUCAUUUGAAGCUUACUUCCUCCAAGCUUAUGCCUUAGCAGAGUCUAGCCUCGAGUUCUUCCACUGUUGUGUCUCUUCUUGAAGACGCUCUUAAGUGUUCCUCGCGUAAAGGUCAGGUACGCCUCUUUCACCUCUCGUCGUCAUAGGGCUCGGUCCUGAGAUUUUAGAGACUAAAAAGUAGUUUAAUACAGUUUAUAAGAAAAAUUCUAUAGGCCAAUUUUUUUCAGGACCGGCCCUGCAUUUAGUAUGGAUUCAGAGUAGUUUUAUAUUGUUUGUUUUGUGUCUAGGCUCUAAACAAUCUUGGGAGUGUGUAAGUGGAUUGUGAGAAACUAGACAUAGCUGCGGAUUGUUACAUAAAUGCUUUGAAAGUGAGGCACACACGUGCGCACCAAGGUUUGGCUCGAGUCCAUUUCCUUAGGAACGACAAAGCUGCAGCUUAUGAAGAGAUGACCAGACUAAUCGAACAACGCGUCUGCUUACGAGCAGAGUGCUGCCACACUCAAAAUGGUCACCCGGUUAGACCCUCUCCGGGUCUAUGUAUCCUUACCAGAAAGGGUAAACAAGUAUGUUUUAUGCAUACUUUUAUUUUAUAAAAAAUCAUCUUAAACUUCGAUAUAAUGUUAUUUCUUCUCAUCCCCUUAAUUCGUUACAAGAAUGUUUUUUUUUUUGUCAACCGUUACAAGAUUGUUAAUAGUCAUGUAUAUUUAUUUGUUUAUUUCCUACAUAUAGGCACUAGGCAGCACAUAUAACAGAAUUUCACAAUUCAAAAGCCUUUUAAAAAUAAAAAAUAAAAAUUCGGUUCUGCAUGGGUUUAGUCACAUUCGUGUCUCAUGAUGGUCAUCGCUCACAUGUUUUCGACCUAAAGGGAUUCUAUUGAAAAUCUUACAAGGUACCCAUCGGUUUACUAAAAUAGACAUGGGUUAUCAUGAAUCUUAUGAACAAUAAGAUACGUCUAGGGGCAAAGUAGACUUAAGAGACUUUUGGUGUGGAAUAUUCUUUAUAGAAAAAAAAAAGUUAAAGAGUGGAUGUAUCAUGUAAGUGUGGAAAAUGUCUUGUUGGUGGUGUAAGUCUUUUGUUUUUGGGCAUGAAGACUUUUCAAAGGAUAUAUGAGAAUAUUGUGAACAAAAAAAUGAGAAUAUUAAUUAAAAAUCUAUAAAGGGUAAACUGAAAAAGGAAGAUAACACAAAGUCAUACACAAGAAUAAAUAUCAUAGGAAGACACAGAAAAAAAUUCAACAAAGUAAAUAUUCUAUUUUGAUAUUCAAAGCCAAAAUGAUUUUAGAGCAUUUGUUGCUUAAUUAGUAGUAUAUCUUUUGUGAGUGUUCUUUCCUUUCUCUACAAUUGUAUCUUGGUGAGUGAUUUAAACUAAAAUUUGGCUAUGAUGAAUGGACGAUGUUGAAUUUUUGUGUUCCAAGUUUGAACUUUAAGCUGAGAAAUAGACAAAAUUAACCCAUAAUUCGUAAACUUUAGGUGAAAUAAGUUUUUUUAUAUAAAUUGUUUGAUUUGGAAAUAAAUACGAUAACUGAUAAUAUCUUAAGUUAUUUGAUUGUUUUAGAUAGAGACGCAUGUAUAUGGAAAAUUGAAAAUGAAAAGAAAAUUUAUAUAAUAAUAAGAAUCCAUUAAAUCACUUGUUCCUUUUUUCCUAGCUUUCACUACUUGUUUUGAUUUAUUGCAUAGCUUAUGAUAAGUUUCACUCGAAUCAGUAUGCCUUUUCAAGAAAUUUGGGUAUUAUAUGAGAGAAAUUGUCUAGGAGGAAAAAUAAGAUAAAGUUCCAGCAACCUUCGUAGAAAAUAACAUCAAAUUCAUAAUAAACAGUAAACACCAAACAUAAAGUAAAAAAAAAAAAGUAAAGAUAAAAUAGCAUUAUACAUGAAAAGAUGGAAUUAAAAUCCCCAAAGUUUUUUUAAAGAAUAAUUCAAAAAGUUAUAGUACAUUUAACAUGUAUACUUUUUUAUUCUCGGUGAUAAAUCGAAUUUUUGAAGUGAGAAUAAAAUAAUCUUGGAACAUCUAUAAUACGCAACUACUAUUAAUUGACAGCCUUUGAACAAAGUUAGAUUUCUUAACUACUGAUGAUAGUUCAAACAGUCUAUUGGAGAAAAAUAUCAACAUGUUCGAUUUUUUCUCACUGGCAGUCUGGCACGAUGCAUUGCAUAUGUAAAAGAAGCUGAGAUCCAGUACUCCACUGAGCUUGAAUUUUCAAUUCAUAUAUACAAAAGUUACCUAUCUUCUUAGAGAAAAUAUAUUUUCCUAUAUUGGACUGAAUAAAAAGUAAUAUUUAGUGUGUUGCUCAAUGUUUCUAUGAUUAAAUGUAGUUCUUCUUCAUAAGAAAAAUGUUUUUUCUUUGGCUAAGUAAUUGUGUGUUUAGAUUCUCUUACAAAUUAAAUACAACAAAAGCGUUUCCUUUAUACUUUCCUGAUAAACAAAAAGCAUUCUUUGUUUUUGGUAUAUAAGUAAUUAUUACUUCUAUUUAAGGCAAUUAGGCCUGCUAAGUCUUAUCUCACAAUAUUUCUCAUUAUUUUGGACCAAUUGAUUAACUUGCUUUCUUUUCUUUCUGUGGUCUACUCUUCUUUUUAGUAGCCAAUUUCAAGUAAAUGCUGAUAAACUGGUCCUGUAAUCAUCACUCUUCACUGACAUGCUGUAGAGUUUCCAAAACAACAUAAUUUUUUUUAAACAGGCGAUAAUAUUUGAAAAAUAUAUGGUUCAGACUUAAAACUCCUAAGAGUAUUUGACACUAAGUCAAAGUCUCACUUUCAAACACACUAUCUCUCCUCUGUUAUACUUAUCUGCACCUAGAAAAACUAGUACAAAAAUGGAAUCAAAACAGUCUUUGCAUUUAUUGUAAGCACACACAUAUAUGUAUUGUACAUUAUAUUGAUAGUGACUUUGGAGAAUAAUAAUCCAUCAUGGUCGUCCUCUUUCUUUUGAAAUAUGUACAUACAAAUGUGUGUAUUAUAUACACCCAAGAAAUUUAAAAAAAACAAAUUAAAUAUUAUUGAUUUUUGUUUUUUACAUAUAUAGCCAAAGAAUGCUGUCUUUCUGUGUAGACUUCUUACUCUUUAGGUACUUGUUUUAAGAGAUCACAAGAAACCAAAGUUUGGAUAGUUUCCUUUCACCUUUGUUUUUUCUCUAGUUGGAGUUUUCUUCUUCAUAUAGCUAUGGAUAUGUUUUCAUCUCGCAACUGGUCCUAUAGACCAAGCUCUUUGUCUGCUGAAGCAAGUGCUUCUUCUGGUAAUACUGUCAGUGCCAUCCAAGAUUUUAAUGGCUUGAACAAUGUCAUCUCUAGUCGUCUAUGUACACACACAGAGACUCAGAAGACUAAGAAAAGAAGAGGCGUUCCUGGAAAUCCUGAUCCAGAUGCAGAGGUAGUUGCAUUAUCACCAAAGACACUUCUUGCAACAAACAGAUUCGUUUGUGAGAUAUGCAACAAAGGGUUUCAAAGAGAUCAGAAUCUACAGCUUCAUAGGAGAGGUCACAAUCUUCCAUGGAAACUGAAGCAGAAAAACACCAAAGAACAACAAAAGAAGAAAGUCUAUGUGUGCCCAGAUACAAACUGUGUUCAUCAUCACCCAUCUAGGGCGCUUGGUGAUCUCACGGGGAUCAAGAAACACUUUUGCAGGAAACAUGGAGAGAAGAAAUGGAAAUGUGAGAAGUGUUCAAAGUUCUAUGCUGUUCAAUCUGACUGGAAAGCUCAUACUAAGGUCUGUGGUACAAGAGAGUAUAGAUGUGACUGUGGCACUCUUUUCUCGAGGAAAGACAGUUUCAUAACGCAUAGAGCGUUCUGUGAUGCAUUAGCAGAAGAAAGUGCAAGAAUCAUCUCAACUCCUUCCACCAAUCUCACAAACCUAAGCCCUAGUUUCCAAGAUCGUCACUUUAUGCUCAACAAGUCUUCCUCUUCUUCCUUGCUCUUCACGUCACCACCUCCUUACGUGAACCCUGCACCACAUCCCUCCACCGCGGCAGCUCUUUCCGCGACAGCUCUCCUCCAAAAAGCGACCGCUCUCAGCUCCGGUCCUUUCGGCGGCGGAGGACAAACUCGGUCAGUUGGUCAUCACCGACCUUUGACGACGGUUAACGAGUUUCUUGGUGCUGACCGAGUUAUGAUGACGUCCUCGUCUUCGUCUGAGUACGACCAGCUUGUUGUUGACGGUUUGACUUCAACGUGGCAGAAAGCUGACCAUUUGACCAGAGACUUUCUUGGACUCACGGGUCAUGGAGUGCACGUUAGCGUCACACCCGGAGAUCUGCUAGAGUACGCAGGUGGAGUGUCGCUUCCUAUGUCAACGUACCUUACCGAAUCUCAUGAUCACGAGUCGUCCUCGUCGUUUCAGAAGGCUUACGAUCUGGGAUUCACUGGGCCCCAUAAUAUGUAAAAAGGGUUACACUGGAACCUACUUCCAUUGUUUUGUUGCUCUUUAAUGAAAUUAAUUACCAUCGGGAACAUAAACACAAAGACAAAGAGCAUAUGAGCAUUUCUUUCUGGUUACUUUUCUAGGGUUUGUUUAUUUCUUUUAAUUUUCUAAUUGUUACAGCUUACAAAUUCCUCAAUUUUAACGUUAGAUUUUCUUGUCAAAAUAAAGAAUUCCCUUUCUAAAAAUAAAAACGUCGGUUAAAAGAAUUAGUGUCCUUUUAAUUAAGUUUUACAUACAAAUUACAUCUUUGAGUUAAAAAAGGAAAUAUGUAUAGCGAGAUCACAACAUCAAAAAUAAUAGGAUCAGUGGCGGACCCACAAACUGCACCUCUAGGGAUUGACGAAUGUGUCAUCUCAAAGCUAGUUUCUUUGAUUGCGAUAGACAUCAUAUUAUAUGCAAUUAUUGAAGAUAUAUAUAACAUAGUGAUAGACAGCAUAUUAUAUGUUUUGCAAUAUACCACAAAAUAUGUUUUGGGAAAUUUGCCCCUAUAACUACAAAAAAACCCAAAUUUGUUAAAUAACCAAAAACACAAUUUCUCUCCAAUUCUCUCUUCCUAUCUCUCUCUUCCUUCUCUCUAGAAAACCAAUUUCCCCUUUUUUAUGGUUAGUGGUAGUACACAAAUAAGCGCAUAUGUUUUUCUGAUCACUGUUAACGGAUUUCUAUCGUAAUCACACUAAUUAAUAAGUCGUAUCUUAUUUAUUGAUGGUCAUUUAUCUUACAAAGAUAACUUUAGCAAAUGAAACUCAAAGCAAUAGUUCAGAAAGAAAAAAAAAACAUAAGCAACACAAGAGUAUUGUAUGUAUAGCAUACUGCGAUGAUGGUCGCUAGUUUACUAAUCAGAUAGUGAACCAAAUCGACGAAACUAUAUUCUCUAUUUAAUAACGACGGAUAAUCACACAUCACUGAAAGGUUAUUCCUAUGAAAAAAAUAUACAAAAUCUUGUAAUAUAUUAACAUGUAAUAUUAACAUGUAAAUUCAAAAAAAAGAAAAUUGGUAUGAAAACAGAAAUUUAUUUUAAAAAACUAGUAAAAAAGGAAUAUAAAAUCAAAAGGAACCAGAAACACAUAAAGAGGAGGGUGAUAAGGAAUCAAUUUAAAAAGAUGCAGAAAACUACGAGGAAUAAUAUAACGUGGAAAAGAUUUAAAGAGAUUAAAAAUGAAGGUCAAAGUGU